AUGAUCCUUGUAAGGAUCCAAGCUGGCGACACUAUCACGUCCCAGUCACUUAACUUGAACAUAUUUGAUCUGGAAAACAAUAAGAUCAGAUUCAAAAAGAACAUUGCCCAUGAUCUCCACAUCAUGUUCACCAACUUAAACAGUCCGUACCGGGUAGACGAUGGCCAUGCAAUGGAGUCCCCGUUGAAGAAACGAACAAGGCGAGCCGACACCGUUGAACGGGACGAGAAGGGUCAACAACUACUUGAAGCCAAUACGGGGAAACUGUUGAUCUACAUUUGUUUUGAUAACGUGUACACGGACCGGUCCUGGUCGUUCAAGCCCCGAGAUCACGAGGUGGAGGUACAGGUGGAGAUAAAGAACCUUGAGUCUCUACAACAAAUCAACUAUAAGAACUAUGCCCAAUAUUUCAACAAGGUAUACAAGCUUCAAGAGGAUGAGAAGGUUGAUGAACAACCCAUUGACGGCCACACGGAUUUCACCGAGGAGAAGUUGGAGGAGAACCUUAAAUAUCUUCAGGCGGAGUUAAACAAUAUUGUCAGCUCCUUGGAAGGGUCCGAGUCAAUUCUCCUGACACUAAUGGAGAAUGAAUUCAAACUAAGAGACACCAAUGAAGAGAUUUAUACCAACUAUUCCAAAUGGGCCAUAUUACUAAUUGUAUUCACAGGUGUGACUGGGGCUGUGCAAUUGGUUUAUUUCGGUUGUUUUCUAAGGAAACAGAAUAUAGUUUGA